GUGUCUGUUAUCAGGAUGUGUUCAAGCUGUUCGUCUGUGACGUGUGCAGAUGUUUGGGCACAGAUGAGGAAAUCUCACUCGCAGGAGGAAGACCAGAACACCACGAGCGUUAGAAUGGACAUCGCACUUUUAAAAGAGCAAUACAACACCAUCAAAGACAAACAGAGACGAGAAACCCGUGUGGUAUGUUUCACAAAAGAAGUAAAUCACGAGGAGAUCAGUGGCAAAAAUCUAGUUGACAUCGUUCCCGUGUGUCAGGCCAAACAUUCUCCUUUAACUGAAGCAUCCGUCUUGGAAACCCAGUUUGGCUUCGUUGAGGAUCCUGAAAGCGGUCCAUGGCACACACACCUGGAUGUGUACCGUAUGACACAUGCAACCAAUGGCAUUGAACACAGUAAUCACACUUCAAACCGCAGCAGAGAUUUAACAGCUGAAACUGCGUCAACUGAAGACUCUGAUGGAAACCAUCAUCUUAAAAACAGCACGCUGAAUAACUGUAUUACCCUGAACUCAAGGAAGCUGUCAGCACCAGCAGUUUUGUCCCGACAGCUGAGUUUUGGGAGCUAUCGUUCUUGUCCCACCCCAGCAACUUCGAGAUAUUACCCCUUCCCUCAGAUGAAGUGCCCUAAGAAGUCAGAGACAGCGAGGAGGCUUGGGCUGUACUCUUCAAUUUAAUAAAGAUAACUUGAAUAUUAGCCAAAAAUAUACAAAAUGAAAUACUUUUCAGGAUCUGACAACAAAACUGAAGGCCAUUUCUUAUUGUUUUGUACCCUGACAGUGAUGGAUGGGCUGGUGUUUUCAAUUAUCUUGAUUAUUAAUGAUAUUGUUGUUGAUAUUCAUGCAGCAUAUAAAUGUAAAGAAGAUCAUGUUUAUUCCCACGUGUGAUAAAACUCUAGUCAAUUCAGUGAGCAUAUGCUUCAUACAGUUUGACUUGCAAGGAAAAAACUUUAAUUUGACAUUCAUUGUUUAAGAAUACAUUAAAAACAUCACAUAAAAUGAGUUAAAGUGGGUCUUUUUUUUUUUUUUUUUUUUUUGGCCUGCAACAACUAAAAUAGCAAAUGAUUACAUUAAUUUGCCCAAACAAUAUAAACUCUUUUACAGCACCAAAUGACUUUACAGAUCUUUAUUGUAAAGGGUUUAAACAAUGUUUUCCAUGCUUGUUCAAUGAACCAUAAACAAUGAAUGAACAUGCACCUGUGGAACGGUCGUUAAGAUGCUUACAGAUGGUAGCCAAUUAAGGUCACAGUUAUAAAAACGUAGGACACUAAAGAGACCUUUCUACUGACUCUGAAAUACACCAAAAGAAAGAUGCCCAGGGUCCCUGCUCAUCUGCGUGAAUGUGCUUUAGGCAUGCUGCAUGGAGGCAUGAGGACUGCAGAUGUGGCCAGGGCAAUAAAUUGCAAUGUCCGUACGAUGAGACGCCUAAGACAGCGCUACAGGGAGACAGGAAGGACAGCUGAUCAUCCUCGCAGUGGCAGACCAUGUGUAACAACACCUGCACAGGAUCGGUACAUCCGAAUAUCACACCUUGGGGACAGGUGCAGGAUGGCAACAACAACUGCCCGAGUUAUACCAGGAACGCACAAUCCCUCCAUCAGUGCUCAGACUGUCCACAAUAGGCCGAGAGAGGCUGGACUGAGGGCUUGUAGGCCUGUUGUAAGGCAGGUCAUUACCAGACAUCACCAGCAACAAUGUCGCCUAUGGGCACAAACCCACCUUCGCUGGACCAGACAGGACUUGCAAAAAGUGCUCUUCACUGACGAGUCACGGUUUUGUCUCACCAGGGGUGAUGGUCGGACUCGUGUUUAUCAUCGAAAGAAUGAGCACCAAUGAGGCCUGUACUCUGGAGCAGGAUCGAUUUGGAGGUGGAGGGUCUGUUGUCAUUGCAGGCAAUCUCAACGCUGUGCGUUACAGGGAAGACAUCCUCCUCCCUCAUGUGGUACCCUUCCUGCAGGCUCAUCAUGACAUGACCCUCCAGCAUGACAAUGCCACCAGCCAUACUGCUUGUUCUGUGCGUGAUUUUCUGCAAGACAGGAAUGUCAGUGUUCUGCCACGGCCAGCGAAGAGCCCGGAUCUCAAUUCCAUUGAGCACAUCUGGGACCUGUUGGAUCGGAGGGUGAGGGCUAGGGCCAUUCCCCCCAGAAAUGUCCGGGAACUUGCAAGUGCCUUGGUGGAAGAGUGGAGUAACAUCUCACAGCAAGAACUGACAAAUCUGGUGCAGUCCAUGAGGAGGAGAUGCACUGCAGUACUUAAUGCAGCUGGUGGCCACACCAGAUACUGACUGUUACUUUUGUUCAUACAAAUAUUUACAAAUGUUAAGUUUGCUGAAAAUAUAAGCAGUUGAAUUUUUUUUUUUUGCUGAGUUUAGUAUAUGAUGCAUUAUCACAAUAUACAUUUUAAACACUUAUCUAAAUAUAUUACAAUAUAUCAGUAAAUGCACGAUGUUCUUAAAGGAAUAUAUAUAAUUAUAAUUUAAUUUAUAAUUAUAUUUAUUUAUCACACAUUAUACAUUUUGCACAUAUACAGUGAAAUUCUUUUUUUCACAUAACUUAAUCUCAAUCGACAGCAUUAGUGGCAUAAUGUUGAUUACCACAAACAUUUACUUUGAUUCGUCCCUCUUUUUCUUUAGGUUAGUAAGUGAUUUUAUGACAGUAAAAUCAUGUUAACACACAUAUUGUUUAUGUCUUGUGUCUAAACUUUUG